AUGGCGGCCUCUGGUGCUUUUUCUGAUCUAAAUUAUGAGAUACUGGAGAGAGUAACCUCCUCAUUAUUGGGCGUCAGGGAGCUCGAGAUCUCUGUCCUAGAAAUUUCAAUGCAGACACAUGAACCUGUGGUGUCCAUCACGGCUCAGUAUAGUUUGGACAUGACCUCUGAACCUGGACCUUUAGCGCAGUCCAUUUCAAUAGGCAUGUCUGACAAACUUAAAGAAUUUCUUUUGAAGAGAGGCAUUGAUAAGAUUGACUGCAGUGUCAUGCUGUUAAUGGAUGACAAUACGUUGAAAUCAUACUUACCUGCGUAUGGUGAUAGAGUGUCGGCAAUUGCUUUCUGCAGGUCUCAAACUGAAGGUGAUCUGUCAAGCACUGAAAGUAAUCAGUGCUCAAAUGCAUUGAAUGAAUUACGUGGGAAAUGGAAAAAAGAGCGAUCUACUCUCCGCAGCUGUGGUUUCAAAGCUGGAAAUGCUUAUGCGGAAAGGACCAUAAGAAGAUUGGAGCUAGGAUGGAUGGAUUACAGCAACGAAUCCAUGUGUUAUAAGCAAGUGUGGCAACGAUGUGGAGGUGGUGUCCGCCAUCUCACGGUUGAGAAAACACUUUCUUUAAAGGCAGUCCUUAACCAUGCUUUAGAUGCAUUCUUUCCAUCCGGCGUUUCCCAACGAGGUAUUCUACAAGAGUUUGAAUUAGAACUGAAAGACUUCCAAGGCAUUUGUGUCAAUAUGGAAAAGACAAUCAACGAACUCUAUAUUGAGUCAAAAUUAAAGAUACUUAGGGUAUAUUUAUAUACCAAAAAGAAGACUGAAAAG